GCGGCAGCGGGGGGAAAAACCAGGCACCGCCACUGCGGGGGUGACCAGAGGGCGCCGCCGGGUUCCCUGCCCCCCGCUGCUGGCCACUGUGCGGGAGCCCCGAGAACCCUAUCCGCCAGGGAUUUGGGCGCAGAGGAGCAGGAUUCAUCCGGGAAGGAAACAUCUGGCGGGGAGGCGGUGGCAGCUGGGCUCGGGAGGCUGUCCCUCGGCGCCUCCACUCCCGCCUUCCCGGGCCCAGACCGUGAAGAGAAGCCUCGGCCCGCGUGCGCCCCGGGGCCGCCCCGCCCUCCCGCCGCCAGCUGCUGCGCGAGGUAGCCUUCCCACGCGCUCAGCCCUCGUCCCUACCACCCCCAAUCCAUUCCGCUCUCCCAGGAUCGGGGCGGGCCAGCCUGUAGGAGAGAGGGGCGCCGGGCUCGGCCUGGGUGGAGAGGACGCCUCUGUGCCCGCCUGAUCCUGCGCGGUCCCAGGCAGCACAGGCUCAGUGCCGGAGGGGACAGUUCCUCCUCUGUCCCCCACCCCCACCCCCGCUCCGCCCGACUUCGCGCCGACGCAGGCCCACACCUCAGCAGGGCCCUCGAGACGGUUUCACCCCAUUUUCCUUUACCUCUGAGUUUCACGACUGUCUAAGGAAUUCGUUUUUGCAUUUGUGGUGUCUAAUUAUACGGCCGAAGUGGCAGCUCACGCAGAGGCCCAGGGGAAACUGUGGUGGCAGAACGGCGUCCUGGGGCAGCCCCAGCACUUCCAAGCCUCGACCUUAGGGACGGUCUCAAACGGGGACAGGUGGCACCCCACCACAGUGGGACGUGGAAUGCCCUCUAAGGAACCAGUCCCUGAGAACUCGUUUUGAACUCGGAGCGCCAACGGGCAGACUUAGGUCCUGCAUCCUGCCCUGAGAGCCGCGUUGCUCCUUAUCUGGCAGCCUAAGCCUCGCGAAGGCCAAGGACGAGGGGUCUUGCUGCGACCCCAGCACCCUUGUUUCUGAACUACACAAGACCAUGGACAGCCGCUGUGCCCGAGGAGCCUGCUCUCCCAUGUGAACCCGGCCUCCAUCGAGAGGAAGGCAAAUUCGUUUUCCCCAGACCCAGGAGCCGGUCUGGUUCCGCCCCCAGCAGCCCGGCGCUGAGCUGGAGGCGCUGCCCCGCCUAACCGCCGGGCUCAAGUUUCGACCCCGGGAUUAGGUGAACUGAUUGGGGGUUAAUGAGAGCGGCGCCGCUGCUAGCUCCCUCUCAGGCCCCCGCCUGGACCCCCGCGCUCUGGCCGCCGCGGAGCACCUUGCGCUCUCCCGCUCCGCUAAACUGUGGGUUCUCCUCGGACUCCAGACCGCGCGCCGUUCAGAGCCGGCGUGCGCGAAUCGGGCUCGACUUCCCCCAAAGAAGGUUUUCGGUCUGCCGAGAGCUGGGGCUGAGCAAGCCCUCAGGGUAACAGUGGGCUGACUGCCGCUUUAGGGAGCGGAGUGGAGAGCGCGCCCGACCACCAUGCCGCGUUCGUUCCUCGUCAAGAGCAAGAAGGCUCACAGUUACCACCAGCCGCGCUCCCCGGGACCCGACUAUUCCCUCCGCCUGGAAAAUGUCCUGGCGCCAGGCGGAGCAGGCAGCACCUCGGGCGCAGGCGGGGCGAAGACGGAGCCCCGGGGUCGUCUGUCCCCCGAGUCACAGUUCACUGAGGCCCCAGAGAGAUCCUCCGUAUCCCCCGGCAGCUGUGAGGGCAGCGUCUGCGACCGAAGCUCAGAGUUUGAGGAUUUCUGGAGGCCUCCAUCGCCUUCUGUGUCUCCAGCCUCGGAGAAGUCGGCGUGCCCGUCGCUGGACGAAGCCCAGCCCUUCCCCCUGCCCUUCAAGCCGUACUCCUGGAGCGGUCUGGCGGGUUCUGACCUGCGGCACUUGGUGCACAGCUACCGGCCGUGCGCCGCCCUAGAGCGCGGCGCCGGCCUGGGCCUCUUCUGCGAGCGCGCCCCGGAGCCAGGCCACCCGGCGGCGCUCUACGGCCCCGAGCGGGCUGCGGGCGGCGCGGGGGCCGGGGCGCCUGGGGCAGGCAGCGCAGGAAGCGGCGCUGCGGGCGGCGCGGGCCUGGGGCUGUACGGCGACUUCGGGCCCGCGGCUGCAGGGCUGUACGAGCGGCCGACGGCGGCGGCAGGAGCGCUGUACUCGGAGCGCGGCCACGGGCUGCACGCGGACAAGGGCGCUGGCGUCAAGGUGGAGUCGGAACUGCUGUGCACCCGCCUGCUGCUGGGCGGCGGCUCCUACAAGUGCAUCAAGUGCAGCAAGGUGUUCUCCACGCCGCACGGGCUCGAGGUGCACGUGCGCAGGUCCCACAGCGGCACGAGACCCUUUGCAUGCGAGAUGUGCGGCAAGACCUUCGGGCACGCGGUGAGCCUGGAGCAGCAUAAAGCCGUGCACUCGCAGGAACGCAGCUUUGACUGUAAGAUCUGUGGCAAGAGCUUCAAGAGGUCAUCUACGUUGUCCACACACUUGCUCAUCCACUCAGACACCCGACCCUACCCUUGUCAAUACUGUGGCAAGAGGUUCCACCAGAAGUCAGACAUGAAAAAACACACCUUCAUCCACACUGAUACAUUCUACUGUCCUUCAAGAGCAAGAAAGAGUGCAGGCUCACUGGUCCAUACAAACCAACACCCACUUGGAAACACAGAUUUGAAAACUUCCUCUGAAUUAGAGCAGAGUCACAUGGCCCCCGCCCCCACAUUGAACAUCUGCUGCGGGUGCUCUCUGCUUCUAAAGUCAGGGGUGUCUUGCCAGGGUGGAUUCAGCUGUGAGUCUGGGCACGUGGCCUUUGCUGUUUCCGUUUAGCAGGAAACGGUUUGAGGCCUUUUGCUGGGAGCCCACACUCAGAAAGUCUCCCUUUCACCUGGUGCACCCGUGACUUCCCAGGACUUGGUUGCAACACGUCAUCCAAGUCGCUUGAAGGCCUCUCACUGUGAUGCAGCCAGCUGCUGCCAAGAGCAUGUGGGCCACAGUGAGUCCCCUGCAGCUUCAUCAUAAACUCACACUUCCCCCCCUCCCCUCCUCCAUUCCUCACAGGUGAAAAGCCCCACAAAUGCCAGGUGUGUGGGAAGGCGUUCAGCCAGAGCUCCAACCUCAUCACCCACAGCCGUAAGCACACAGGUUU